AUGGCGACCAUCGAUGAGAAGAGCCGCUUGGAAACCUUUGAUGGGUCGAACCCAGGCAUGUAUCGUCUCUGGCAACGACGCGCUCAACUGAUGAUAGCUGGGCUACCCACAACAGUUCCAAAGGAGAAAUAUGGGCCACGACUCAUGGAGUAUAUCAAAGGAGAGGCUGAAGCCUUGCUAGAAACCAUACCCGUUGAAGAGUUGAUCAAGCAGGAUGGCGACAAGGGAAUUUGGCUCGUUCUAGAUGAAAAGUAUGGACCACAGCCAAGAGAUCUCCUUCAACAUGCGCUGAAGAACUACCUGUAUGACUUGCACGUGAAGCCCGGUGAGACCUAUCUCCAGUUCAUGGCUAGGCAUGAUGCUGCAAUCAGGCUGUUGAAAGAGCAGUCGAUUGAGCUGCCUCCACCAGUGAUGGGGUUUCUGUUGAUGAAGAAACUCAAAUUGGACCAGUCGCAGGAGAGCAUGGUGCUCACCCACACGAAGGGUGGCAUGGACUUCAAGGAUGUGGUGGCCGCGGUUCGCGGCAUCUUCCCGGAGGGCAAGGGCACGGUGAGGAGCAAGGAAGUGUUUCAGGCGGAUGAUGAUUGCCAAAAUUGUGGUCACAAGGAGAUCGCAAUGGUUGAUGAGGAGAAUGACCUGGCUGAAGUGGCGCAGAUGAUCGCCGAUGAGAGCCAGGAGCUAGAUGUCGAUGAGGAAGAGGCUUUACCUUUGAAACUUAUCUUGAUGUCCGCAAGCGGCUUCGAGAUCAAAAGACCAGUCGUGGAUUUCAGAAUUCUCGUGGAGGCCCUGAUCAAGGACAGUGGAAGCUAUCUGGCACUGCGAGAACGGCAUGUCACGUAUGCAAGCAGAAAGGCCAUUGGAAGCGUGAGUGUCCACAUCGAACCGGUGGGCGCGGGGAGUCUUCUAGUCGGCGCGUCGGAGGUAAAUGUCGUAGAACGCCAUGGUCGUGAGGUACUUCUGGCCGACGAUGUUUGGGAGAUGUUCAAGGUCACGGUAGAGGACCCAAUUCUCAGUGAGUGUGCAGUGCCUGACACAGCUUGUCGACGCACGUUGGUAGGAGCAUACACAUUGCAGGGGCUGGAGAGGCAUUUGAGACGUCAGGGCAUGAGUGUUUCUCGUAGGGCUGAAAUUUCGGAAUUUCGUUUUGGAAACUCUGGAACCUUGACCUCUCAUGAAGCUGUCAUCAUUCCAGCCAAACUAGGGUCACGGAAGUUUUUGAUCAAAGCUGCUGUUUUGCUAAGUAGUUCAACUCCUCUUCUCUUGAGCAAGGAACUUCUCCGUCAGUUGGAUUGUGUUUUGGAUUUGUCUAGUGACCGGUUGAAGGGUUUUGGUGAUUGGUAUGAUCUGGAGAACACUGGACGUGGCCACUAUGCUAUCAGGUACCAGAUUGCUCUCAUGACGCAGCGAAGGGGUCUGAGCCAAGAAGUUCUGGAGAUGCUUCGGAACGUUCAAACCCCGGAGGAGGAUCAGCAGGCCUGGAAGAGCUCAACCAAAGCCUUGGAUUUGAUGGACGACCUGUCGGACGACGGGGAGGACAACCCCAUCAGCGGGCUGAUGAUCAUCAAAGAGGGCAAGUACAAGGGUGGCAAGAACGGACUGGAGCUGAAGGCGAUCUAUGUGAUCUAUGUGACGGACGAGCCCCACUGCGAGUGGGUUCGUCAUCACAUCGACAAGAACAGUGGCAAGGACAUGCAGCAUGCCAAGGCGAAGCCAGCUCCCAGGGGUGUCAAGAAUGCCCGAGCAUCCAGCGAAGCGAGCAUGGAGUGGUCCUAUGUGGAGAAUCAGGGGCACGAGAUUGUAAUCAUGGAAAUGAUGAACGGCCUUCCCAUUCGUCAAGUGAAUCCUCUGCAGCCCGACCACCAUGUGGAGGAGCAUGGACUGAUGAUGGAGAUGCAGGUGUUUUCUAAUCCCAGGUUGUUGCCAGCUGCAGAGCAGCGAGGCCUCAUUGGAUUGAGGUCAUACGACGUUGGGCAGAGAUGGGACUUCCUGAAGGCGUGUAGUUGGCACAAACAGAAGCGGGAUGAUCAAAAAAGAAAAUUGCUGGAGGGCCGAGUGCUUUUGGAGUUUGCGAUGCAAGUUUGUGAGGUGCAGCAUGAAGGGGCGAGCGGGGCUGCGUUGGAAGUAGCUAAGAAGCUGAAGUGCAGUAUCUGCGAUGUUCAUAGGAAUAAGAGUGAGGUCAAUGAGCUGGUUGACCACGCGAACAAUGCCAAGAACAGCAUGAUGCGCAAACAUGGAUAUGCACCCUUUCAACAUGUCUUUGGGUGCGAUUUGCGUUUUCCCCAAGGGCUGUUGGAGGAAAGACCCAAUAUUCCCUUUCAGUCAGGAGUUUUUCACGGAGAUGAGUCUUUGGCUCGAAGCAAUGAGAUCCGAAUGGCUGCCCGGAAAGCCUUGGUAGAAACUGACGACGACCAAAAGGUCCGUCGUGCUUUGAGUCAUAGGCCUCGGACAAUGAGAGAUCAAGAACUGGCGGUAGGUGAUUUGGUGUACUACUGGAGAAGAUAUCGGAAUGAUAGCAAAGCUGGCCGGUGGAGAGGUCCUGCCCGAGUCAUUGGAUUCUUCAGUGGGAAGUCAAAAGUUUGGGUAUCAGUGGGCAACGAAGUAUUACGCUGCGCACCUGAGCAACUCAGGCGCUUGACGGCAGACCAGGAAGCUGCCAUCAAGUUUGUCACUGAAGACAUGAUCAGUGCUAGGCGCCAGUUGUCUGACCGUGGUGCUCAAGUAUUCACCGACAUCAGCCAAGAGGAGCAUCCACCACUGGAUGAAGAGGCCAUUGUGGAACCAGAGGCUAAGCGAGCCCGUAUCCAUGAGCCGAUGGAGGAGGAGAGCGAAGGCUAUCAAUCACCCUCAGAAGUUGCUGACAAUCCUCAUGAAGGAGAAAUUGAUGAACCUUUGACGGAAGUGCCAUCACUGGGCAGCAAUCAUGGUGAUACCACGGUUAGCGAAUCUGAAGAGAACGCGCGUCACACAGUUUCUGCCGUGCCAGUGAGGGCUCAGGGAUAUGGACCCAUACGGGGUGCGCAGAUGGAUCCAUCAGAGACACCAUUGACAACUGCUAUGAGACAAAGCACAGAAAUCUUGGAUUUGGGAGCUCGCCGGACGGCUUCUGGUCCCUAUACAGGCCGACCGCAACCAGGUGAAGACUGCAUGGAAGUGACCGUGGUGGAAGCUGAAGCUGAAAGAAUCAUAGCUAGUGACCCACCUGAGAGAUUCAUUGACAGUCGCUUUGUCAAGACACGCCGGGAGAAUCCAGACGUGCCUGGCAGUUCUGACAUCAAAUGCCGAUGGGUACUGAAGGGAUUCCAAGAUCCUGACUUGCUGGAUCUACAUCGGCAAUCACCAACCCUUUCUGCUGAUGGCUUAGCCAUGACCCUGCAGGUGAUUGCGUCAGAAAAAUGGGUGCUCUACAUCAUGGAUGUGGAGGGAGCCUUUUUGCAGGGUGAUGCAAUGAAACGGGAGAAGGGACGCAUUUUUGCCAAAGUCCCAAGGGAAGGGAUUCCUGGCAUUGAACGUAAUGCUGUGAUCGAAUUGCGUAAAUGUGUUUAUGGAUUGAUGGAUGAUGGAUCAAUUGUUAGUAGUCAAGAGGAGUAUGCGAGUAACGUUCAGACGGUUUUCAUUUCUAAAGAACGUAGAAAACAGAAGGGUGACACGCUGACCACACAAGAGAUGCAUCAGUACCGUGGAGUUCUCGGCGCAGCAAAUUGGCUCACGGGCAGCACCAGACCAGAUCUGGCAGCCCAAACUGCCUUUUUGCAGCAGCGUGUAGCUAGAGCCACCGUUGAUGAUCUCAUCGCUGCCAACCAGCUCGUGAGCAAGAUUCGGGAUUUCAAACAUACCAAGAUCACCUACAAGAGCAUUCCAUUGGAACAAGGGGCAAUCCUUGUAACCAGUGACGCUAGCUGCGCUAACACGGACGAUCUUGGAAGCCAAGGGGCCUACAUGACACUUUUGCUGACAAGAAAAUUCGAGGAAGUGAGUGGGCUAGUGUCAGCCCUUUGCGCUGGAAGUCCUGGAAACUGGAGAGGAAGACCCAGUCCACACUAG